AUUAAGAUUGUUGAUUAGUUUAUUAUUGUUUUAGCAACUAAGUUGGAGUAGUUAUCCACUGUCAACAUUUUAUGUACAGUGAUAUAAAACAUUUGCGUGACAAAUAAAAAUCAUCACAAGUAAUUUACUGGAAAAAAAAUUGUAUCUUUUUUAUCAUCUACAAGCUUAUUAUUAUCAUACGUGAUGUCACAGAUACGCGCGACCACAAGGUCAUUUUAAUCAGUUCUAUUUUUGAAUAUUGUUUGUGAACACUCAAGCAGCAGUUUGUGACUUGUGUUUAUUAUUCUCGUCGGGUAAUAGGCGCCGGCGUCUUUUUAUUUUCACGGUUUUCGUAUAUUCCACUUCAUUUAAUUAAUUAAUAAUGAGUAGAAAAUUUGGUUGUAAUAAAGUGUUUACUGUGCAAGUCCAGUGUGUUUUACAAUGUGCAUUCCGAAAAUUAUCUGCGGCUGCCUCAGUACCGCCCAAACCGUUCAGUUCCAUACCUGGUUUGAAGUCUUUCCCAAUUAUAGGACCUUUACAUAAUUUCCUGCCUUUUAUUGGCGAAAUUGGACCAAAAGGAAACAUCUUCGAUUUAUUAGACACACUUCGUGUAAAAUAUGGCCCUAUCGUUAAAAUGAACGGAGCAUUUGCUAGAGGUCCUAUGGUUGUACUAUUCGAACCAGAAGAUUAUGAACAGGUAUACCGUGCCGAAGACCUGACGUCAUUACGACCGGGCUUUGCAGUACUUACAUAUUACAGGGAACAACAGAAAAGUACAUUUGAAGGAAUGAACGGCACGAUAACAGCACAGGGAAAAGAAUGGAGGGAUUUUCGCAUGAAAGUGAAUCCAGCUUUGUUGAAGCCAAAGUUGGUGAAGCUUUACGGUCCAGCUCUUGAUGAGAUAGCCGUGGAGAUGACACAGAGGUUAUCUCGAAUUAAAAACGACGAAGAAUACUUAAAAUGGAAUUUCGAUACUGAAAUGACGAAAUUCUCGUUGGAGUCUAUAGCCCUCGUUGCGCUGGGCACAAGACUCGGAUGUCUUCAAGACAGCAUCCCCGCAGAUCAUCCCGCCAAAAAAAUGAUGGAUAGCACGAAAGUAAUUUUCGAAAUGUCUUACAAAUUAGAAAUUCUCCCAAGUCCAUGGCGAUAUAUUUCUACACCCAGUUACAAGAAGAUUACUAAUGCCUACGACUCUCAUUGGAAAAUAAGCACGAAUUACAUAAAACAUGCCCAGAAAGCGCUUCAAGAGAGAGGCCAUGACAUUCCAGACGAGGACAAGAGCGUUAUAGAAAAACUUUUAGCCAUAGACGAGAAAGUUGCUGUUGUUAUGGCGAACGAAAUGUUGUUUGCCGGAAUUGAUACUGUCGCAUUCGUCACUACCAAUCUUCUUUACCACUUGGCAAUAAAUCCUAAAGUGCAAGACAAACUACGCGCGGAAAUAAGGUCGGAUCCAGAGUCUGGGAGCAAAUAUUUUAGAGCUUGCUUGAAGGAAGCGUUACGAUUUUAUCACGUCGUACCGGCUAAUUUAAGACGAACGUCGAAGCCGCACGUUGUUAGAGGAUAUGAAAUUCCUGAAGGAGUCGACGUAAUAGCUCCUAACGAAUAUCUAUCAAGAAUGGAGAAAUAUUAUCCUCGUCCAAACGAAUUUAUUCCAGAAAGAUGGAUUGCUGAUAAAAGUGACCCAUUGUACUACGGCAAUGCGCAUCCUAUGGUGACAUUGCCCUUCGGAUUCGGCUUAAGAAGUUGUUUAGGAAGGAGAAUCGCGCAAUUAGAAAUGGAAAUAUUCGUAACGAGAUUUAUAAACGAACUAAAAGUGAGUUGGGAUGGGCCGCCGUUGAAGGUCGUUAAUAAACUCACGAACACCAUAAAGAAACCUUAUUACUUUAAAUUUGAGGAUGCUAAAUGAUGAUAAAUAAAAAUAUAGUUUUGUAUUGUGGUUUACCUCCGUAUUCACAAACGUUACUUAGCUAAGUACGAAGCAAUGCUGUGACAAAGUUUAACAAAGCCAAAGAAUACUAUGAAAUUGUCGACACUGCGUUCGGGCGCACUGUGUCGUCAUAGUAUUGUCUGUGAAUAUUGGUGUUAUUUUUUAAAAUAUAUUGACGUACCCUAUGUGCUACGUAUGAUAUGCAAUGCGGUAGCUAAUUAUUAUUAUUAUGAUUAUUAAUAAUAUAAAUCUAAUGAUUUCUAAUGUUUACGCGAAUGUUACUGUGAUAAAGAUAUUUUAUGAAUUUUAUCACGGUUUUUAUCUAUUAUAAUUUUCUUUCGAUCGAGUUUGUACAAAAUUCUUCUUUGGAAUCUUCUUUCCUAUGGGCUUUCGAGAAAAACGUUUCAGAUAUCACAGCUUUCACGGUCACGGAGGGAACAGACUCGCAGUAAAAUAAUUUUAUUUCAAUAUCAUAAAUAUAUUAUGUAUGUAUUUUAUAGGUCUAUGCGGACACAUAAGUUUUAGCGAUUCUCAAACAGUAUCUACAACUAAAACACAUCAAAGCGGUGCUUAAAGUUGCGUCAGCCAGCACGCCAAAAACGAAAUAUUUGAAUUUGCAUCGCGCUAGAUUUUGUUCUAAGUUGCGAUGCGACGUUGCGUUGUUUUGUUUAGUCGCAACGCUUCGAUGUGUGACCUUUAACUCACCUAAAGUAACUCGUGUUGACAUGAUAUCACAAUUUUGUAUGGUUUGAAAUUAAAACACCUUUACACAAGUAAUUUAGGCGAUUUAAAUUAUGUGAAAAAAAAAGAAAAAAAUAUAAGUAGUACCUAAAAAUAUUUUCAAUUAUCGUUUUGAGUUGAAACCCAGCACUCGCGAAGUAAAAUUAAUAAUACCGUGUUACCUAUAUAGCCGAAAUACAAUCUGCAAAUAUAAGAAUUAAGAUAUGCCUUCAGCGUUGAUAAAAUAUAAGCAAAAUGUUAUCGAUAGCAGAAGGAUCUGUAAUAAAAUAUUAAUGUAU